UGACAGUCUAGGUUGCAUUUCCUGGUCAGAGCAGUAAAAAUGAAAGAAUCAGGCCAAUCAGAGCCCAGUGUUUGCUUCACUUCCUAGCACAUGGAUGAAUCACCCUGAAGAGCACUUCUUCUGACGUCUCUCACAACAAAUUCACACGUACGCCAGCAAAAUAAUGGAAACAACACGAGCAGGACGAAGUGUCGAAGACUGCGCCAUUUGCUUGGAGACUAUUCAGAAGAAGAAAACACUCCAAUGCCUUCAUUCUUUCUGCUCCCAGUGUAUCGACUCGGUUUUCAGCUUUAAACCAGCUUGUCCGAUAUGCAACACCUACUACGGAGUGUACACCGGGACCCAGCCGGAGGGCACGAUGACGGUGACUCGCAGCUUCCAAAGCCUCCCGGGCUUCGAGGGCUGCGGCUCUCUUAUCAUAAACUACAUCUUCCCGGCGGGGAUACAAGGGCCUCAGCACCCAAACCCCGGAGUGAGGUACAGCAGCACCUCCCGCACUGCGUACCUGCCAGCGUGCAGGGAGGGAGAGAAGGUCCUCCGGCUGCUGAGGAAAGCCUUCGACAGGAGACUCAUUUUCACCAUUGGACGAUCGGCCACCACAGGCCUCAACAACGUCAUCACCUGGAACGACAUCCACCACAAGACCAACCCAGUAGGAGGUCCACAGUGUUUUGGAUACCCAGAUCCACAAUACUUGUCCAGGGUCCAAGAGGAGCUUCGUCUAAAAGGAGUGACAGAAGAUGACUAAUAGAUGAAGACGCCCCUCAGUUAGAUUUAAUACUAUGUAUUGUAACAAGCUAUCUCAUUUUAAGUGUGCACUUUUUGCAGUCCCCGUGCAGGGACGCUUUAAGAUGUUUUUUUUCUGUGCUAGCUGGUUAAAUGGAGGUUUUAUAAAGAUUUCAUAGGUGUUUACCGACUAUGCAAAAAUUACUUUACACACAUUCAGUGUGUUCCGCACAAGGGGUGCUGCUGCCGAUCGUCCGAUUUAAAUGCCACUAUGCAUUUUCAUAGUGACAGGAGUAUGUCCCCACAUCACAUGUGCACUUCCAACCUUGUGUGCCUUCAUGUGACAGUCAGCUUACCACGUCCAAAAGAAAUGUCAAACAAAAAGUUGGACAGGAGUAAAAAAAAAAAAAAAAAAAAAAAAUACCUGAGUUAUUUUAUUUCCAUCCUGCAUUUUACACCUGUGGUCCACUAGAGGGCGAUGCUCUCCUCAGAGUAGACUGUGCGACGGCGUCUCCUUGGAAUGCGGCUCUAUCAUCAGACCGACAGACUUACAGCAUCUCCCAAAUCUCUUCACCCAAAGUCAGGGAGAGGAGCAGAGCAUCUGCUACACAUGAUGACUCAUGUGUUUCUAUGGUGUUUAGGGCAGCGUUAGCAGUGGUAGCCUUACACUGUACACCGAUCAGCCAUAACAUUACAACCACUUACAGGUAAUCACUAUGACUAUAACGACACUCCUCGAUGGCAGCAGCCACCCCAACCAGGAUGAAGACUGACACAGACACACACACAAGAACGAUUUAGGAACAGCACAAGGAGUUGACCUCCAAAUUUCCUAGAUCAUGGGUGGUCAUAAUGUUAUGUCUGAUUGGUGUAUAUAGGACACAGAGAGGAGAGGAGGUGGCAUUGUGUUGGUCCACAUUGACCCCUUUGUUACUACUAUCACCAGGUGCCUAUGUUUCACUGGUUGCUCCAAUCAUUGCCCAUUUGCAUCUGAACAUGCAUAAUGUAUAAUACAUCCAUCAGAUCUGUUUUUCAGUCCCAACAGUAAAGUUAGUGGAUGGGAAAAACCCCUUUAACCUAUAUUCCUAUCAGAAAGACGGCGCAUGUGACGAGGCGGAGUUACUGGGCUUGGCCUCUUUAGCGCUCUGGUGUGAGAGUCUGGGGGCAUUUCUGUGGCCUAGGAUCUGAGGGCAUCUGCUGCUCUCACAAAGCAGACCAGGACCCAUCUGCUCGAACGUACCACCCCCACGCCCUGUACGGCCGCUUCUCCUACAAACACAACAGCGACUUCCAUCCACUUUUAAUCAUAAUCCAUCUUUUCGUCCAUACCUACGUCACGGGUUUUCAUUAUCCUGUUAGUAUGUAAGUGUAACUUAAUGAACAGCUUUUUCUCUGUAGCAGAAUGUGAGAAAAUUUGUAAAAGAAAAAAAUAAAAAGAGGCCGAGCAAUGAACAAACAUUUAUUAUAGGCAGUGUAGAAUAGAAAUCUGUGGAAAUACACAUUUGAACACAUUUAUUUCCUCCUGACAGGAUUUCUUCAUGCGUUAUUGUUUAAAUGCAGAUCAUAUUCCCAAUUAAACUCAAAUAAAAUGGCAUGGACCUGU